AUGCUGCUGGCUGCAAUUGUGAUUCUCACUCAAGCUGCCUUCGCGGCGAAGGUCCACAGCACGAGCAGAGGAGUGUCCAUGUCCUUCGAUGAUUUCAUUUCCCUUCAUGGCCGAAGCUACCGCCAGGGAUCUCAGGAGUACGAGGAGCGCGCUGCUCUCUUCGAGACUCGCCGAGUGGCCGCACUCUUGCAAAACAACAGGUCUGAUGCAAAGUGGUCCGCAACCAUUAACAAGUUUUCCGAUCGCAAGGAAGAGGAGCUGAAGGUCAUGCAUGGCUACAAGCCGGCGCAGGUGCGGCAGUCGCAGGGCCUCUCCUUCGCUGCCGAGGAGGAGGACCACUCCAGGCUGAAGUCGGCCUUACCUGAGAAGGUGGAUUGGCGCCAUCUGAGCGACGGCCAGAAUAUUGUCGAGCAGGGGGGUUGUGGCUCUUGCUGGGCCAUCAGUGCCACGACUGUGCUGAAUGCACACAGCGAGAUCCACCGUGGCCGGCCAAGGAGAUUCUCAAGCCAGGAGUUGGUGAACUGCGUGCCCAAUCCGCAGGAAUGUGGCGGCCAGGGCGGAUGCAGUGGGGCCACGGUUGAGCUGGGCAUUGGCUGGGCGGUGCAGCAUGGCCUCAGCCUGGAGACAUCCGUGCCAUAUUCCGCGCAGGAUGGCACCUGCGAGAAUUCCUUCCUUCAAGCACAGGGCCUUCGUGGGGCCACAGCUGGAGGAGCUUCCUUUGGACUGACCGGGUUCCGCGUGCUCCCCAGCAACAAAGAGGAGCCACUGGCCAGGGCACUUGUCGAACUGGGACCUGUGGCUGUCUCUGUGGCAGCUAGCAGCUGGUUCAGCUACGAAGGCGGAGUCUUCGAUGAGUGCGACAACAUCGUGAAUCACGCUGUUGCGCUCUACGGAUACGGAAGGAGUGACAGCCAUCGGUUUUGGCUCGUGAAGAACUCCUGGGGUUCGGACUGGGGCGAGAACGGCUACAUCCGCCUCCUGCGGCGUGACAGUGAGGACCAGCACUGUGGUAUUGACACGGAGCCGGACAAAGGAAUCGCUUGCAAAGGGGGCCCGAAGGAGGUCACUGUGUGUGGCACAUGCGGAAUCCUCUAUGAUUCUGUCGUGCCACAGUUUGAGGAUGCGAAAGAAGCAUAA